GUUAGAGCGGCCCUGCUUGCUCGCUUUUCGGCCGCAGGAGAGCUGAGCGGCGGCGGCCCGAAUCUUAGUCGGCCCGAAUUUUAGUCGGUCCCUCGCGGGAGGGGAAGGGAGCUUUGGCCGCCAUGGACCGCUUCGCCUGGACCAGCGGGUUGCUGGAGCUGGGGGAGACGCUGGUGGUGCAGCAGCGCGGCGUGCGCCUCUAUGACGGGGAGGAGAAGGUGAAAUUUGAUAGUGGAGUGUUACUACUUAGUACACACAGACUACUUUGGAGGGAUCAGAAGAACCAUGAAUGCUGCAUUGCUAUACCUCUGUCUCAGGUCGUCUUUAUUGAAGAGCAAGCAGCUGGGAUAGGAAAAAGUGCCAAAAUAGUAGUUCAUCUUCAUCCUGCUUCCUCAAACAAAGAGCCUGGUCCGUUCCAAAGCAGCAAAUAUUCCUACAUCAAACUUUCUUUCAAAGAACAUGGGCAGAUUGAGUUCUAUAGACGAUUCUCAGAAGAAAUCACACAAAGGAGGUGGGAGAACAUGCCUGCUGGUCAGACCUUUCAGGUUACCAAAGAUCCACAGGCAGGAAGAACAAGAGCUAUAGGAAUUGUAGGGAUUGAAAGGAAAUUAGAAGAAAAAAGAAAAGAGACUGACAAAAACAUUUCCGAGGCUUUUGAGGACCUUAGUAAACUAAUGGAGAAGGCUAAGGAAAUGGUGGAGUUAUCCAAGUCAAUAGCUAAUAAGAUUAAAGAAAAGCAAGGUGACAUCACCGAGGAUGAGACCAUUAGGUUCAAAUCAUACCUGCUGAGUAUGGGUAUAGCUAAUCCAGUCACUAGGGAAACGCAUGGAUCUGGUACACAUUACCACAUGCAACUGGCAAAACAACUAGCAGGAAUGCUGCAGACACCAUUAGAGGAGAGAGGAGGAAUCAUGUCGCUCACAGAAGUGUACUGUCUGGUAAAUCGUGCACGAGGACUAGAGUUGCUCUCACCUGAAGAUUUAGUAAAUGCUUGUAAGAUGCUGGAGUCACUGAAAUUACCACUAAGGCUUCGGAUAUUUGACAGUGGUGUGAUGGUGCUUGAGCUCCAGUCUCACAACGAAGAGGAAAUGGUAGCUUCUGCUUUAGAGACAGUAUCUGAAAAAGGUUCUCUCACAGCUGAUGAGUUUGCAAAGCUGGUGGGGAUGUCUGUUCUCUUAGCCAAAGAAAGGCUGCUUCUCGCUGAGAAGAUGGGCCAUCUUUGCAGAGAUGAUUCGGUGGAAGGCUUGAGAUUCUACCCAAAUUUAUUUCUAACGCAAAGCUAAUGUAGUUUGUGUACAUCUGCUAUGUAACAGUUGAACAUGAGAGCAGAGGGCAAAACCCUUGCCACAACUGACUUCAAAAAAUUUUUACUUUUUGUCAAAUGCAACAGUGGCGAACAUUGCAAUGCUUUACAGUUCUCAGGUAUUUCAAGUGCUGAAUGAAUCUUCUUAUGCAGAACCAAAAGAAAAUAGGAAUCACUAGGUCAGAAACAUAGUAAUUGUCUCAAGCUGGCUAGCUCAUGUUUCAGGUCUUAUUUGAUGUGCUCUGUAACUUCUCAUUUCAAGAAAAAUGAGAUGAAGAUUCCACACAAGUGAAAGUGGAGAGAAUACCCCCGUAGCCUGCCAUGAGCGUCGGCGCCCAGAACAUAGGUUAUUGCAUACUCCAAUUUCAGUUUAUUUAUGUCUAGAGCAACAAAGCAGACAGAUGCAUCCAUAGCGAUAAGAACAGUAACUUCAGUGUGUACCGAGGUAUAAGGAACAAGAUGGUGUAGCGUAACCCCUUCUCCCUGAAGUGAUGAAGUAUUCUGAGAGGAUCUUGGGAUUCUUUACGCUCUGAGACAGAAAGAACCUGCUGCAGGAGAGAUUAACAGAUAUUACGUGAAUCUAGAAAGCACUGUUCAUUUUGUCAUGUCUUAUACUAAUAUCUGACAGAAGCAUUGUUAGUACAGACUUCCUCCCUUCUCUUUCUUUGCCAUCUCCCUUCCUGUCUCAUUGUGUUGCACUUUGGGUGCACUUUCUCUGUCCUCUCUUUACAUCGUGCGGUGUAGUAGCCUCCUGUCACUUUACCAGACUCAGUGCUCUAAAGUGCUUGGUUUUUGUCUUUUACUUUAACGAAAGAUCAGGCUUCGUCAGCCUGUUACCGUUUCGGAGAGACGGUUCAUUUUGCUUGUGCCUCGUAUGCCAAAAUUAAUGUACUUUCAAUAUUGAAGGGAGGAGGAAGACUAUCGCCCUAUGUUUAGUAGUCACGAGUUAUCUUUCUGUGUGGUAUUCCUCACCCUGUGUUCAGACUGAAUGCAAUUUGAUGCCCUCAGCUUUCAUAACUCCAGUGGAGUUGUUCUAUUACUUGAAAAUCUGUCAUGGUAAUAAUGGUCAGUGGAUGUUUAUGAUCCACAUCAGUUAAAUUUUCAGCUUUUUGAAAUGACCAGUUUUAGUAAAUAAAAAUAAUUCAAGUUAUGGGCAAGGACAACAUAUAUGCAACUGCAUUAUGGCUGUAAAGCCAAAUCAGCAUCACAGAAAAGGUGAGAAAGGUGUGUGUGUUUGUUCUGCAGCCUGAAAAUGUUGUCAGAGCUAUUUGUUACCAUAGCUCAAACAGGGUUAAGAACCUGGGAACAGUGAGUUCAGUGUGGAGAUCCCUACGGUGCUGAUGCUUUUGAUUUGUCAGAUGUUCAUUUAAAUCUAGAGAACUCUAUCCUCUUAUCCUUGUCACUAGCAGACUUUUAUGGAGCGCUUUCUUUAGGGCGGUUUUCCUCUGUGUUUCACGAAAGUGGCUAGAACUAAUGGAUUUGGCGCAGCUGAAAGAACUGUUCCCCACCAUUCUUACUGUGUUAACCAUCUAGUACCGUCUGUCCAGGAGCUGUAUGGCCUGCUGCUUUCCCUCACCCUCCCCACAACCCACAGAAGAGAUCUAUGCGAGGUACUUCAGGCAACAUCUGUCUAAGAAAGGACUGGAAGUUGAGAAAUGCCGAAGCAAAAAGCUGGUUCGUGAAGGCUGAAGGCUGUUUCUCGUGCGUGAUACCCAAACCUGCCAAGGGGAGACCAGUGGUUUGUGGGCCUGAACCUCUCCCCACAAGGGGGCAUGUCUUCUGCCGGAAACACAAAGACAAAGGAAAUGCAAAGUGUAAACUUCCAGCCUCUGUUGCUCCAACCCAGAGCAUUUCGGUAUCUUAAUUAAGCAAUAACAAUACGAUGUAUUUAGAAUGAUGGUACCUUCUUGACCGUUUUGUUCCCGAGAUUUUCCUCGAUUUUUUUUUUUUUUUUUUCUCCCUGUAGGGAAGAAAUCUAGCAGCCAGAUCGUACAGCUGGUUUAAAAUUUAAACACAAACAAGAGAAAAUGACUGCCAGAAAGUAAUAAAAAUUAAAAGAUUUUUCUUAAAUAGACUGUUCUGUGAGUUUUUUCUUCCUAAAUGUUUUGGGACAGCUUUAAAGUUUUUACACAUCAAAAUCUUGUGGUUGUUUUGUGUGGUUUUUUUUUUUUCCCCUCCAACCUUGAUGUUUCUAUGAGAUUUUUGCUGUCUGAUUUCUACCCAGAAGGGUAGAGGUCAGGUUCAAUUUAAAAUUAAAAGGUAGAAUUAAAUGCAGCUAAAAUGCCCUGGUUCUGUUGCUUAGUAGCCUGUGAUGUAUCAGAGGCUACAAUGACAAAACUGUAGAUGCCCAUGGAAGCACAGACUGGCUCCCUCGUGAAGUCAGAGUCAGACCCACACAUACACCCUGUGCUGGCAUUGGAAAGGCCUUGGACACGUUUAAAUUUGUUUUCCCAGGUGAGGGGCCACAGAAAUCAUGUAUCUGAUACCUACAGUGAGCCAGCUGCUAGUAGAACAAGUAUAGUGGCAUUAUUUAUGGGUGUGAUAUCGUGGUAGCACAUCAGAUUGUCCGAAGUUGUCAGUGCCCAGUCCUGUUUCCAUUGGUACUACUAGCAAAAAAAAAAAAAAAAAACAAAAACAAAAGCAAAACAAACUAUUGACUACAUUGAUGCAGGAUUAUAGAAGAGAGGAGAGUACAGCAGCUCUCAUUUCCACAGAUUACUACAGCUUAAUAUGUAAGGUGCUUGUAUGAACCUCAUUUUCUUACAGGUUUUGAUCGUUCCUAGGACAUUUGUAUCAUACUAUGAUACCCGAACACUAUCUCGCUUUGCCAGGAUGUCCAAUUAUGCAGUCCUUUGAACAGAGGCUGGUAACAGAGCUCCAUUCAAAAAGUCCUUGUUCCUUUAUGGAGCAGUCUUAAAUGAUGAUCAUUUGAAAACACAGGCUUUUUUAUGCCUCUGACAGGAAGAGAAGGCUGCUCAGGAAUCUGUACAUCUCUUCCGUUUCUCCUUUGCCUUUGUUUUCAGGAACAAUUACUUUAUAUUCAGCCUAUGGAAGCGUGGAUCAGAUCUGAGCUGUAUUUCUGAAGUGCAAACUUUUUUCUGAAGUGUUAUAUACAUGUCUAUGUAUGCAUAUUUGGAAGUCCUUAGGAGUGUAUCUUUAAUAACUGCUGCUGGUCAUAUAGUGAUUAGCUAAACUCAUCAAUGCUCAGUUUUUCUAAGCUUUUACAGUUUGUCCAAAGGACCUGAUUCUGUGUGUGUUGUAAAAUUAGUGGAAGCAUUGUCACCGAAUUCGUAAAGACCGUAGUGGGAGCCAGCAGGAGCGUGUUGCCACCAGGAGAAGUUUUCUGCUUCCUAAAAGCUGGGGUGCUUUCAUUUGGAACCAGACAGUUCUUUCAGCAUACACGCUGAACAGGCAGGAAUGGCAGAUGCAAAAUUAUUUGUGGACCUGAUAUGAAAUGGUUUUCUUGGGUAUGAACGCCCUCCCCAACUUCUGAGCUAUGUUCACAAAUCAGACUAUUACGUUGUUUCUCCUAUUUUAGCCGUUCCCAUUUCAUCCUAAUUCUCAGUGCUUCAGGGAUUCAAGUGUCAGGUCUUCCUCUGCUCUCUUCUAGAGAACAAGUCUUAAGAGGAACCUGUAGCUGUAGAACUUAGGAGCAUGGUUUAGUGGUGGACUUCUCAGUACUGGCAUAACGGUUGGGCUAGCUGAUCUUAAAGGUCUCUUCCAACCUGAAUGAUUCUCUGAUACUAAGAUUUAAGCUCUCAUUUUGUUGUCCCAAUAAAGCUGCAAAUACACAUGCUAAAAGGAUGUAAUGGGCAUGCCUGUUGGCGAUGUUUGCCUUUACUUUAAGGAGAUACUUAAAGACUUUUUGGAGCUGAGCCCAAGUGGCAUACCUCCCAGGUAGGUGUCCUGGCCAGCAGGCUUGAGAGCGAUUUUUUUUUUUUCUUUGUGGAUUGGAAUUAAAGUAUUAUUCGAGUAUUUAAAAUAAAAAAUAAAAAAAAAUGGGGGAGAGUGGGGAGUCCUCAGUUUCAGAAUACCCCAUAGCCUGCUAGUUAGCACACACUCAUGAGAGGUAUACCUGAUAGAAGCCAGCUUGCUUCACAUCCCAGCUCCAAACCAAAGGCUAAGUAUGAUUUUGGGUUUCCUCUUUCCCUCUGGAUUUUAAGUGCUGUGACUUCAGAUUCUUCCAGAGGAGGAAAACAUUAAUCCCUGCUCCGCCAUGCUCGCAGCAGUGACUGACAGUGAACUGAGGGUAAAAGGGGCUGGUACUGCCAGAAUAUUCAUGAUCCCCUUCUGAAUUUAGCCCUUUGCUUCUACUUGUGGCGUGAGUUCAGAGCAUCCGGACGUUUUGCAUUGUUUAAUUCACAUAUUUUAUAUACUUGGAUGUUUUCACUUAGAUGGCAGAAUGAUCUCAAGGGAGUAAGUUAAGGGGGAGACUGAUGUAAUCUAAUCUAAAUGCUGUUUCACUCUUUGUACUUUGAAGUCAACAGUCAAACAAAGAAAUCAGUGCUCCUGUGCCCCUCGAUUCACAUGUGCAGAAUACUCCCAGAAACUCAAAGGCAGGACUUGUUAUUUUAACCAAAAAGUUUGCAGGACGAUACACGCUGUGUGAAAGCACUCUCUUAUGGGAGGAACUAUAACGGCAGCAUGGCUGCACUGAAUAAAUUUGUCUGUUGCUGCUUUGG